GGAAUGAGGGGAUGGGACCAAAUAACAAAUAUCUUGCAGGCUAGUUCUGCAAAUGUGCAAUAUUGUAAUCAGCUGAAGGGUUUCAUCUAGUAUUGUAGUAACCAGCGGAAAAUUGUACAGCUGUUCACCUAUAGUUUUCCGGACCAUUCAAAUCACUGAUCAGUAUCCAGUUAUGAUUUUCCUAUUUCUCAUUUUUUGGACAAUGCCUUGUGCUGCUAAUAACCUCCUAAGCAGCUCUCUUAAAGGGGAGCGUCAGACUGUAAAAGACACAUCCCAGCUAGUCUGCAGUGUACCAGGACCUCCAGGCCCACCCGGAAUUCCAGGACAUCCAGGGUCUACUGGAACUAUAGGAAGAAUGGGUUUUCCAGGAAAGGAUGGAAAAGAUGGAAAAGACGGGGACAAGGGUGGACAAGGAGACGAAGGCACACCAGGUAGAGUAGGAAAUGCUGGAAAACCAGGAGUUAAAGGGAAACAAGGUGCCAUAGGGAGAGCUGGUCCAAGAGGACCAAAGGGCAUCCGUGGAGAUCAAGGAAAGGCGGGUGUUGCAGGAAAACAAGGACCAAAGGGAAAGAAGGGGGAUACGGGUAUGCCAGGACCAUGUCGAUGUGGCUCAAGAAAAGCAAAAUCAGCAUUCUCUGUUGCUGUAACUAAAAGUUACCCAAAGGAACGGUUGCCCAUCAAAUUUGAUAAAGUUCUUAUGAAUGAAGGAGGACACUACAAUGUGUCCAGUGGCAAAUAUGUAUGCAGAAUACCCGGCAUUUACUACUUCACGUAUGAUAUUACACUAGCCAACAAACACUUAGCUAUUGGUUUGGUGCACAAUGGUCAUUACAGGAUAAAGACUUUUGAUGCCAACACUGGAAACCACGAUGUUGCUUCUGGAUCUACUAUUUUACCUCUUAAACUUGGUGAUGAAGUAUGGCUACAGAUCUUUUACUCUGAACAAAAUGGGCUUUUUUAUGACCCUUACUGGACAGAUAGUUUAUUUACUGGAUUCCUUAUUUAUCCUGAACAACAAUAUGUUGACGAGAAUAAUGAAGAACACAGUGUUAAAGAUAUAUCUGACGUGAGCUGAGAAAGUAUUGAGUCAUAGGGUUCUAAAAACGCAUGAGCUGUGGGUUGCAAAUCAAAGUGCAUCUACAACAAAAUGACACAAUUGUAGUUUUGUCAUUCCAGAAAAAAUAAUAUUAAAGGGACAGGAAACGUAAAAAAUAAUGUUACAUAAUUCUGCACUAUGUGCAGAAUUAUAUAACAUUAUCCUAGCGACACCUUCAAAAAUGAAAGCGAUGUGAGAGAUUUAACCCCCCCCAAAAGGUAUACUUACCUUCUGCCCCUUGCCAGCCUCUUCUGAUUCUGUGUUAUUUUUUUUUCCAAAGACACGUCAUGGCACGCUGUCUAGUUACAGCUGCAGGAGUGCGCUACAGUUAGUUCAAUGCCGAUACAGCGCACCAGUGAGGCACUUUUGAGGAAAAAAAACAGAAUUUAUAUCUUACCUGAUAAAUUCCUUUCUCCUACGGUGUGUCCGGUCCACGGCUUCAUCCUUACUUGUGGGAAAUAUUCUCUUCCCUAACAGGAAAUGGCAAAGAGGCACACAGCAAAAGCUGUCCAUAUAGCCCCUCCUCUGGCCCCGCCCCCC